AUGAUCAUAAACAUCAGUAUAUCAACAAAACUAGCUUUAUCUGAUUGGAUCAUUAUUCUACUUACCAUUCAAUUAUUCACAUUUUAUCAAUACAAAUAUAAAAAUGAAGCAUAUCGUAUUAAAAAAAAACAUUUCAAACAAUUACCAAGAGCUGAACAAAUAUUUUGGACAACAUUAACUAAGAAUGAUUAUAAAGAGUUUGAUAAAAAUGAACGUUUAAAACUAAUUUUAAAACAUAAACAAAAUAUUAAAAAUCAUCUAUUAAAUUGGUCAAAAAUAUUAUACGAUUCAUUUAGACAUAAAUUAGUAACAUUAAAAGAACGUGAUAGAACAAUUAAUAUACCAAAACAAUACAAAUAUGAAGAAAAAAAAAAUUAUAAACCAAUUAAUAAUAAAAGACAAAUAACAAUAUUAGAAGCAACAACUGUUUUUGAUCAACCAAAAUUUUGUAUAAAUGAGGAACAAGUAAUAUUUCAUCCUGCUUGUCCAUUUAACAAUUGUAUAUGGAAAUGUAGUAGAGAGAGUACAACGAUUACACAAUCGGAUGCAUCAAUUUUUCAUUAUUCAGACAUAAAUCCAGAACGAAUACAAACAUUUCUUGAAAAACGAUCAAUCAAUGAAAUUUAUAUAUUAUGGAUAGAUGAAGCACAUAAAGAUGUUCAUCAUUUAGAUGAAUAUAAAUUUAAUUGGACAUUAAGUUUUCGUCAAGAUUCAGAAGUAUCAAUUGCAACAUACGGUCUGAUAAUAAAAUUAGAAAAGAAUAAAAAUCGUCAAUAUUUAAAUGAUAAAACAAUGAUUCCAUAUCUCUCAGAUAAACAAUCUAAAUUUUUUUUAAAUAGAUUACAUAAUUAUAGUUCAAUACCAAUAGAUAAAGAAUUAGAAUUUCGAAUUUUAAUUAAUUAUCGUUUUCGUGAAAAACAAGCACUAUGGUUUGUAUCAAAUUGUGAUCCAAAGAAACGUUUAGAAUAUUAUGAUCAUUUAAAGAAAUAUUUUACAAUCGAUGCCAGAGGUUUAUGUAUCGCAGAAUCUGGAACAAAUGAAAAAGAAGAUUCUCUGACUAAACAAUGUGGAAAAUCUGAACAAUGUGAGAAAGAUCAAAUGCAUUUAUCAAUGUUUUAUCUUGCAUUUGAAUCACAAUCGUGUACCGAUUAUAUUACCGAAAAAUUUUGGCGUGCACUUCAUCAUGGUAUGAUACCAAUUGUUAUGGGUCCAACAAAGCAACAAUAUUUAGAUUUAAAUAUUCCAUCAACAGCAUUUAUACACGUUGAUGAUUAUUCAUCACCAGAACAAUUGGCAAAUCGUUUACACGCAAUAUCACAAAAUUAUUUUGAAUAUCGAAAAUAUUUUUUAUGGCAGGUACAAUAUGCUAUUUUUUAUGAAACAGAAGAUUUGGAACCAUUACGAAUGUGUGAAUUAUGUAUAAAAUUAAAUUUAAAUACAAAACAUCGUUAUUAUGAAAAUUUAAACGAUUGGCAUAAUCAAGAAUGUUAA